AUGUUCGCAUGGUGUGCCGCGCUGAGGGCGCAGCAACAUGAUGUUGAUGGCUUGCAAGUCCGUGAGCAAGGACAAGUUGGUGAGGGUGGCUUUUCCACCAUAUGGCGUGUGCAUUUGGUGGCCGACCGGGGUCCUGAUGAUGAGCGGCUCCCUACCACAAUGGCAUUGAAAAAGACCAUUUGCCAGGAUGAGGAGCGUUUGGACCUGGCGCGGAAUGAGGUGGAGCUCCUGAAGCGUGCGAGCUCGGAGGGGAGACAUGCAGGGAGAGAGUUCUUGGUGCAGUACUUCUCUCACAAGGAACUAGCGUGCCAAAAAGGCGGCAACGCCAUGACGGAGGUGCAGCUACUGAUGGAGUGGUGCGGUGGCGGCUCCUUGCUCUCGCGGAUUUUGGGUCCGGAGACUGUGGCCAUCGCGCGUUGUCCGAAUAUGCCGGAGGCCGAAGUGGUGCCCGUGAUGCGCGAAGCAGCGCUGGGGUUGGCCUUUCUUCACAGCCUGGGCAUCGUUCACUACGACUUGAAGCCAGAGAACAUCCUCUUCAACGAGGGCCAUGUUCGGCUCUGUGACUUCGGCUCAGCCAGUGAGCGGCAGUGGCCCGACUUCGGCCCCGACGCCUCCCGGCGCGCGGCGCGCGAGGUGGAGCUCUUCUUCUCCAACCGUACGACUCCCAUGUUUCGGCCCCCGGAGCUGGCGGACCCGGACCUCGUUCGGCUGCCCGUGACCGCCGCAGCGGAUCUCUUCAUGUUGGGGCUCUGCCUCUACCAGAUGCUCUUCGCGGUGCACGCCUUCCCUCUGGAGGGCCGACUGGCCAACAUCCACGUGAGGUACGUGCUGCCGGAGGGGGCGGAGACGUGCUACUCCCCGGCCCUGCUGAGCACGCUGGCGGCGCUGCUGAGCCGGGACCCCCUUCAGAGGCCCCGUGGUGAGGUGAUUCUGGGCAUUGGCCCCAGAAGCUUUCGAGCUCUCGGUGUUCGGUGCCCCAGCUCGGUGCCCCGUGCACCGUCGUCCGACCUGGCUCGACUGCCGUCCUUGGGCGGGAAAGUCUCCGUGCCGGAGCAGUGUGCCGAGUUCACCCGGAUCUGCCAGAAGGAGAAUGAAGUCCAGAUGCAGACCGCGCUGCGAGAAUUGGACUCUGAAGGGCUCCAACUGCUCAAAGCGGGGAAGGUCCCAGAGCUCUCGCAUCAGCUCUUCAUGAAAUCCGCGCCAGACCUCAUGCACCCCCGUGGCAAGUUGCAGACGGCUGGGCAAGAUUUGUUGCAGAGGAAGAUCUCGAGGGAGCUCCCACAGAGAGUGGCUGCUGAGACGGCGACGCUCAGAAAGCAGAUCGACGCCGAGAUCCGCGAGCGCCGGCGCCUCUUCGCGGACCUCCGGCAGCGCGCCAAGACGGCGGCGAGCGCCGCCGUGGCGCGCUCGGCGCCGGGCCCGGUGCGCGGCGCCACGAGGUUUCGGCCGCUGGAGCUCUCCCGGCCUCCCACGCGCGAGUUCCCCACGUGGCCGGUGACGAAGCGGGCUGUGGUGGGCGUGGACCGGAGCGCUUCUGAUUUGGCCACCUUCCGAAUGCUCUGA